AAACACUUGUAACUAAUACUAAAGUUGUUGGUUUAUCUUGUUUGAGUUCUUAAACACCCUUUUAUUCUUUCUUUUUUCCUUGUUAGUGUUGUUUGAUGGUUAACUCUGUUGAGGUCCCAUGUGAUAGUAAAACCCGAAAUUGGAAGACAUGGGAACAUACGAACUUUAGUGUGGCAUGCAUAAAUGUUUAUGUGGGUCUGAAUCUUUACUCUUUGUUAAUAUUUUCUCAUGGAAGUUGUAUGGAGGGUAAGGGCUAGGGACACCAUUUCGAAGAUUUGAAUACUAAUUCUAUGACUGAGGAUAGUGAUAUAGAAUAAAGUUCAACACAGAUGAAGAAGCUUUUAUUUUUCAGAUCAUCCACAUCCAACAAUGGGAAUGACUCAAGUCCACCACUAUCAAAUGAUAAACAAUCUUACUUGGAGAACUCAUCUCAUGGUGGACGUAAAGCUAUUGACAAAGUCAAAACUAAAAAACAAGUAUCUGGAAAUCAGAAGUCCAGCAUCAGUCCAUCUCUUAGGAGAAGUCGUUCAUAUUCUUCAGGAAGUAUUCAUGAGGGUGGAUUAGGACAAACUGAUCUGUGUUUCAGUAAUUAUGAUAACGGGUCUCCUUGUCAUAGCAUCAUUUCACGAAAUCAGUCUGAUCUUCGCUCUUCGCGUUUUCAAACGCUUUCACCUGAAAGAAACUCUCAAGCUAAAUGGUUUAAAGAUGCAUCUCUUCAACAUUCACAUGUGUUUGAAAAGCCUGAUGGCAUUAUUUCUUCGAGAGCUAGCUUUGGUUCAUCAGAAAGCUCUUCAUACUGUUCCAGUAAUGUCUCAAGUAAAGUAUUAGAUCGUUACAUUGUCGGAGAACAGUUACAGGAAACCAGUGUUCCAAAGAACACUUGUCACCAGAAAAUCCGUGACGAAGAUAGAACUGGUGGUGGAAAACGUCCUCCACGGGUUAGUAUCCCAACUGAUGGUGUAAAUCAGAAACCAAGAUCUCAAUCUUUCAGAGAAACGAAGGAAUCCCACCAAUUCUUUUCAACAAAGGAUUGGGUGGAAACUGGAUUUGGGGAUGAAUCUCCUCGGAAACUUGCAAAGCAUGUAAUUGAAAGACUCUCUCAGGCCCGCCCUUUGCCUGCAGCAAGUUCCAGAAAGUUUGAUUCUGAUAUUCCAUUCACAGUUGAAGACAUAUAUGGCGGGGAGGAAAAUAGAUUCUCACGUUUAGACUCUGAUGGGGGUCAACAAAAGGAAAUUUCAAGCCUCGCCGAAAGGAAUGGUUUUUGUUAUGAGACCUUCAGAGAUCCGGAUUCUGCUGCUGCCGAACAGGAUUUAGAUAAAAAAUUACUUGCAAAAUUCGAACAGGCUGAGGAGCGGGCCAUGUUUCUUUCUGAAGAGCUCAAGCAAGAAAAUUUUUUGGGUGAUGGUAGAGUCAGCGUACAUGGACUGGUUCAAACUAUUAGAAGCUUAGCAGAGGAGAGGUCUAACAUGGCACUUGAGGUCGCGGCAGUCUUGAAAGACCGAGUUGCUGAGAAAGCCUCAUUCGCUGAAGAGCUCAGACUAGCUAAAUUGGAACUGGAUUCAAGGACACAGAAACUGGAGAAAGAGAAAAAUGAGCUGCAGUUCUCCUUGGAGAAAGAGUUAGAUAGAAGAUCAAGUGAGUGGUCAUCCAAGCUUGAGAAGUACCAGUCAGAAGAGCAUAGGCUGCGUGAGAGAGUUAGGGAGCUCGCAGAGCAGAAUGUCUCCCUCCAAAGAGAAGCCUCUUCUUUUAGGGAGAGGGAUACUCAUAGUAGAAACCAGAUCGUUUCGACUGAGGAACAGCUGCAGGACCUGACUACAAGUAUAGAGCAAGCAAGGGCUGAGAAUCAAAAGCUCCACAAAACUAUUUUCGAGAUGCAAGAAAAAUUCAGAGCAGCCAAGGAUGAUCGUGAUUGCAUUCAUAGGAGCUAUGAGGAGAAGGAGAAAGAAUGCAAAGACUUCCACAGAUCUGUUACUAGAAUGCUAAGAACCUGCAGUGAACAAGAGAAGACAAUUGAAGGUCUACGAGCGGGACUUAGGGAUGAAGUUGCAAAGCAAAGAUUUAUGGACAACCCUGAUAGUCAGAUAGCUAAUUUACAAAUGGAGCUGAUGAGGUUGACAGGUGUUGAACAAAAUUUAAGAAAGGAGGUUGAAUCUUAUAGGUAUGAAAUUGAUUCUCUUCGACAUGAGAAUAUAAAUUUGUUGCAUCGUCUAAAGGGAGGCAGGAAUGUGAACGGAUCAACUUUCAAGCUGGAUCAGGAACUAUUUGACUGUGUGUGCUAUAUGCAAAAUAAGACGCCAACAUUUCUCAACGAGUGCAUUCAGCUUUGUGCUAAACUGCUUCAGCAUAUAAAAGAGAAAUCUGGACUGUCUUCUCAUGUCAAGCACGGAACUGAAGUCAUCGAGAAUGGUGUAGAUGCACAAUUUAUCGUUGACUCUGAUGUGAGAAUCCAGGGUUUCAAGCGUGGAGCUGAGAACCUAAUACAAAGCUUACGUAGUGUAUCUUCUGUCUUGCAAGAAAAAGCGACUACUAAGGAAUCUCAGCAAGAUAGCUUCCAAAAAGAAUUGUCCCACCGAAGUGAUCAGAACUUGGAGGAUAACCUUAGAUCGGAACUCAGAGCAGAAGUUUUAUUAACAAGGUUAUUGCGUGAAAGGUUAUACUCCAAGGAGCUUGAUAUCGAGCAACUUCAAGCUGAGCAAGCAGCAUGUGUUAGAGGUAACGAUAUUCUUCAAUGUGAAGUGCAAAAUGCACUAGAUACAGUCUCCUGUGUAACACACAAGAUGAAAGACCUUGAACUUCAGAUGAUUAACAAGGAUGAAAAUAUAAACCGGCUUCAACAUGAUCUUCAAGAAUGCAGAAAGGAACUGACAAUUGUAAGGGGAAUUUUGCCGAAAGUAUCUGAAGAGAGGGAUCUAAUGUGGGACAAAGUGAAACAAUACAGUGAGAAUAACAUGUUAUUAAAUUCUGAAGUUAAUGAUUUAAAAAAGAAAGUGGAGAACCUUGAUGAAGAAAUACUCCUCAAGGAAGGACAAAUCACAAUCCUAAAAGAUAGCAUGGGUAAGCCUUUCGACCUUCUUGCAAGUCCAGAUUUAGACCGAGAGUUUUUGCUGGAAUAAUGAUCAGUUUAAACUAGAGUUCUCAUUCAACAGCUACUGUUUAAAUUUGUUGGUUUGUUUUGCCUUUUGACAUUCCCUUUUUAUGGUUACUCAGAUGACUCCAUUUGUCGAUUACUAGAUUAUAGUAGACAUGAGAGAUAUAGCAUGAUUUUGUAACCACCCAAGCAUUUAGCAGAUUGGUGUGAAUUCUUUUUCGCAAUUGUGUAAGAAAGUAUCUCAUGUAUAUACACAGCUUUUUGUA